AUGGCCGACUCUGCACUGAAGCUCUACUACUUUGACGGCCGCGGCCGAGCUGAGGUGGCCCGGCUCAUCCUGGCGGCCGCCGGCAAAGAGUACGAAGACUUGCGCUUUUCGGAAGAGGAGUGGCCCAAGUACAAGCCCCUGACCCCGUACGGGCAGGUGCCGGCGCUGCAGGUCGACGACGUGGUGUACGCCCAGAGCAACGCCAUCUUCUCGUUCCUGGCACGCGAGUUCGGCUUCCUCGGCGGCUCGAGCCUGGAGAUCUUCAAGAUCGACGAGAUCGUCAACCUCGUCAACGACUUCGUCAACGCUUCGGCCGAUGCUCUGUUCCACACGGACGACCCGGCGGCCAAAGAGGCUGCGCUGAAGAAGGUCAAGGAGGUAGUGGGGCCACGCACCCUCGGCUUCCUGGAGGUCAUUCUGGAGAAGAACGGCACCGGCUACCUGGUUGGGGACAAGCUGAGCUUGGCUGACAUCGUGCUUCUGGACGCCACUACUGGGGGGAUGGCGUCUAACCUGCUGGACGUCAACGAUGACUACCCUUUGGUCAAGAAAACCAUCGAACUGGUCAAGUCAAAUGAGAAGAUUGGCAAAUACCUGGCCACAAGGAAGGAUUCGCCCUGGUAA